CAACUUGGCUCCAUUCACUGUGAUGGAAUUGAGCUGCAAUACCACACACAACCUGAGGACAGGGGCAGUGCUGUUUUUUGAUGCCACCUGCCCCUUGUGUAUUCACAUGUACCGUAUUCUGCAGAAUUUGAAGCUGCAGAUUUUAAUGUAAACUAAAUGACUGAACACAGAGCCAAUGGGGGAGAUUUAUCAAAACCUGUGUAGGGGAAGAGUGAUGUAGCUUCCCAUAGCAACCAAUCAGAUUUCUUCUUUCAUUUUUCACAGGCCUCUUUAAAAAUCAGCAAUCUGGUUGCUAUGGGCAACUGCACCAUUCUUUCUCUACACAGGUUUUGAUAAAUCUCCCCCCAAUAUGCGCAGACUAUCAAGGGAAACUGACAGCCAGUUGACCCGCUCUAAACCCAAUACACAAGUUAUAGUGCGGGUGAACAGGAGGAUAAUGAGAAAGAUGGAAACGCAGCAGGCCCUUCCCCAAGACUUGUAUAUGAGCAAUAUGCUGAAGGCUGUGAAAAUCCGAGAGAGAACGCCAAAGGACAUAGUAAAGCCCAGCAAUGGAAUUAUCUACCACUUUGGCACCAUGCACCGAUACACUAUUGAACUCUUUAUGAUCUGUCAGUUCUGCACCAGAUUCCGAGAGAUUCUGCUAAAGACUCUUUUUGAUAGAUCUAUGCAGGUUGAAUUGGAAAGUCACAAGAAGCUAAAUGCGUGUAAAGAAGUGAAAAAACUUGCACCCCUACGGACAAAUGGUGAUGGAAACUGUUUAAUGCAUGCUACAUCCAUGUAUAUGUGGGGUGUACAGGACACAGAUUUAGUGCUCAGGAAAACAUUGCAUGAUGUUCUGAAGACAACAGAUACACGCAACUUCAAAUUCCGCUGGCAGCUGGAGUGUGUAAAAUCCACUGUGUUUCAACAAACAGAACUACGAUAUGACACACGGAACUGGGAUGAAGAAUGGGAACACGUUGUCAGUAUGGCAUCCACAGACACCUCAAUUGGCCACACUGGCCUCCAGUACAGUUGUCUUGAAGAGAUACAUAUAUUUGUGUUAGCUAGCAUCCUUCGGAGGACCAUUAUCGUUCUUGCAGAUAAUAUGUUCAGAAGUUUGGAGUCUGGCUCUAGUUUUUCUCCUCUUAAUGUUGGUGGAAUUUACCUACCUCUUCAUUGGCCUGCACAGGAAUGUUAUAAAUACCCAAUUGUACUUGGGUAUGACAGCCAGCACUUUGCACCCCUUGUUACUAUAAAAGACACAGGUCCAGAAAUUCGAGCUGUCCCAUUGGUGUUCAGUGAAAAAGGAAGAUUUGAAGAUAUGAAAGUGCACUUUUUAACAGACUAUGAAGAGAAGUCUAGGGAGAAGCUGCUGAAAGAGUAUUUACAUGUGCUGGAGGUGCCUGUGCAUUCCUGGGAGUAUGGUACCACUCAUCUAGUAAACACUGCCAGACUUGAUGAAAACAAUCUACCCAAGGAAAUCAAUUUGGUGGAAGACUACUUUCAGCUGGUUCAGCACGAGCACAAGCGGUGGCAGGAGACCAAAGGGGGAAUGAGCCGAUUUGAGAUUUCCCUUCCCCAGCUCUCUCUUGUGGAAGUAAAAUGUGAAACAUUAAAUUGUCCUUUCUUCAUGUCUGUGAGCACACAGCCCUACUGCCAUGAGUGCUUUGAUAGGAAACAGAAAUCUGUUGACAGAACUAAGGCCCAGAAACAGAAGGGCAAUUCUAUACAUCAUAAACCUGUGUAUUUUGAACAGUCAUGUCAAAUGACAGAGGAGUCAUUGACAACAACUGCCUCUGCUGUAGCAACAGCACCCAGCCUUUUUAUUUUCAGUGAAACAAAUGCCAUGAAAUGUAAAACACCAGACUGCCCAUUUACAUUGAAUGUGGAGCUCCAUGGACUGUGUGAACACUGUCACAAUGCCAGGCAUCUUCAGUUAGUCAGCAGUACUGAAAGGGUUAGGACGUCUGACAUAAUUCAAUGCAAUAUAUGUUUACAGGAUGCCAAUAGGACUUUCAAUGGUAUUUGCAGUUCUUGCUUCAAACGGACUACAGAACGCUCCCACAGUUCAAGCUUUUCCCCUGUGCUUCAUCAAAUAUCCAUCUCUGACCCUGUAAAUCUGUCAAGGAGUCUUGUGAAUCUAUCAGGGCAAGAAACCACAGGCAGUGAGGCCCCAACAUCAACCACUGGUUCACGAUCUGUGGCAAAUCACAAUGUAGAAGAGAGGACAGCUCAGCAGAAAUGUAGAAAACCUGGCUGCCAGUAUUUUGGUACACUACAAAAUGAAGGAUUUUGCACUUUAUGCUUCAUUGAGUAUAAAGAAAACAGUGCAAAUUCAAGUAGAACAAACAAAACGCCAAAAAACAAUGUCAGUGUGGCUGCAUUCAAGAACAUGAGUCGGUGCUUGGGCCGUGAGUGUAGCACCUUGGGCAGCACAUUGUUUGAAGGAUUCUGCCAGAAGUGCUUCAUUGAAGCUCAGAGCCAAAGAUACCAUGAAGCAAGGAGUACAGAGGAGCGAAUACAAAGACAAACUGAGAAAUCUGGCCAAAAUCGAACUGGUAAUCACAUAAAGAUAUGUGCCAGGGAUGUCUGCCGAAACCCAGUAACAGGCAGAAAUGAUGAACUUUGUGAACAGUGCAAGCACAGAGGUGGCUUCCACAAGUUAUCAGGAGAAGAGGCACCUAAGCUGCGGUGUAGGGCACCAGGAUGUGAUCACUACGGUAAUAACAAGUGCAAUGGGUAUUGCAAUGAAUGCUAUCAGUUCAAACAGAUAUAUACAUGAUUUGGAAAACCUGGACACCCUAUUUACCACAUGGUGCUACCUUCUUAACACUCCAUAAAAAGGACUUUGCUAAAGAGACUACUUUAUACUGGACUUUUAGUUAAAGUUAAUUCUUUUUGAUAUUUAUCUUUAUAAUAUUGUCAAUGUAUGUAAAUAUACAUGUAAAAACAAGGACUAAUCCUAUUUUGUGAAAUGAACGUCCUUUCUAUGCUGCAAACAAUGUUUAACUUUACUGUUUCUUUAAAAGAUUUUGUUUUUAUGCAUCUGUAAAAUAUUGACUGGUUUUGUAUUGUUGGAAUAUUUAUGCUAUUGCAAUGUUGUAAUAAAUCAUAAUGGUAAAUAAUCAGAUUAAACCACAGCAGUUGAUGUUCUGGUAUGUACUGUAUAUAAUCUUCUCAUGUCAGAUACAGAGGGGAGAUAUAAAAAGACUGGCUAAUUGUAUGGAAGUGGAAACCUAGAUAGGCAGUCUAAGAGUUUUAACAGAUUGUUUGAAAAUCUGGCGCAUCUUAUGCUGUCUACUCUAGGGUUGCACUAUUAGCGGGCUUUAAAACCAAGGAUUUUUUGGCACAUAUUACUUUCUUGGGCAGUUAAAGCUCAGCUCCCUUUUUGAGGCCACUGUCCUUUUUUAGUGGUGAAUAUGGUGCAAACAAAGUAAAAAUCAUUUGUAAACUAUAUUAAAAAAAAAAAAACAGCGCUAAUAACACGUGCCACAUUUCAGUCAAAUUUGGAGCAGAAUAUGCUCAGGAAAGGCAAUAAAUCCUUUAAAGAACCAUCUUAACACAUCCUUUUACUUUUGAACACUAUUUGACAGCUACAACAGAUUGUUCUAGAGACAACUUUUAGAGUAGAUAAAGCAAAGGGGAUCAGCUAUUUAUGUCAUUAUUACUUCAUGUAAACUGUUCAAAGGUGAACCUAUCUACCAGGAUAGUGAAAGAUACUAAAGGGCUGUCUUUAAACAGCGGCAGCCUGAUUGCUAUUUUUAGGCCCCUGUGCCAGGAAAAUAGCCAUCUCCGUUCCUGGCAGUUAACUUCUUUCCUGGUAAAACAUGGAGUCUCUUACCUAUUAAAGGGGUCUCCAGCAAGAGCGCCGAGUGGACACAGGUCUCCAUGGCAGCUUGGGUCUUUUUAAAGGACCCAAAGCCUUCCAUAGAUAAGCCAGAGGCACAGCUGUAUAUAUUGCAUAAUGCUGACAGGACAGGCAUAUUACAAUGCACUACAUCAGUAGUGUAUUUAAUAAGAGAUCAGAAGAUUGCUGGUAAAAGUCGCUCCUUGGGACUAGGUAAAAUAAAAAAGUUUAAUAAAAUAAUGUAAAAAUAAAAUUUCUAUUGUGCCAAAAUACAAAAACUUGAAGAAAAAAAACAUAUAUAUUUGAUAUUGUUGUAAUCCUACUGACCCUUAAAAUGUUCUUUUUACAGCUCGCAAAAAAGAUAAUAUCACAAUUAUUAUUAUCCCUUCAGAAAAAUAAUUGAUAACAUUAACAAUUAGUUAUAUGAACUCCAAAAUGGUUCCAUUAAAAAGUACAACUUGUCCCGCAAAAAACAAGCUCUUAUGUGGCUAUAUUUACUGAAAAAUAAAAAAAAAGUUACAGCUAUUAAAGGGUUACUCCACUCCCCAGCGUCCGGAACAUUGAGUUCCUGAACGCUAUGUGCGGGCUUCUGUGUUCACACCCGCCCCCUCGUUACGUCACGCCCCGUCAUGUGACGUCACAUCCCGCCUCCUCAAUGCAAGUCUACGGGAGGGGGCGUGACGGGCGUCAUGCCCCCUUCCCAUAGCCUUUCAUUGAUGGGGCAGGCCGUGACGACACGAGGCGGCAGGCCAGAACACGGAAGCCUGCACACAGCAUCCAGGAACUCAAUGUUCCGAUGUGAGGUGGAAUUUUGCAGAUGCUGGGGAGCGGAGUAAACCUUUAAAAUGCGACUAUGAAAUUAAUGUUUUGAGCAGUAAGGCCCAAAUUGGCUUGGUCACUAAGGAGUUAAAGUGUUAACUGAGAAAUGAAAGCAUUAACACCAUCCCCUAACCUAGCCCACAUUAUAGCUGUAUUCUUUUAUUUACACCCCGGUAAGCUCUUAUUUGCUUAUUAAAAGAGAGUAAUCCAGUUUUUGUUCUUCAUAUCGAUUGUACAAUCUCCACAUGGGAGCUGUGUUUAAUGAUGUCUUACCCGGGUAACAUAAAGAUAGGUAUAACCAAAUCACAUCUGUCCAAAGAUAGAGGUAUAUAGAUCAUUCCAAAAUAUCAGUAGGAUGCUGGAGGACCCCUGAGGCAGGUUUAAGGCACAGCAAAUGCUGCAGACUUCAGUGCACAGUCAUUCAGGCAGUGUGCAGUCAUUUGCAGAGCAAAGAAGAAAUAACUGGUUGACAAUACUCUUAUUCAGAAACCAUAGAGAUAGCUACAGAAUUAACAUGGGAAACUAUGGCUUUUACUGGGGGUUUUCCUAUAAUCAUUUCCGCAAUCGAGCUGUGUUACCAUUGUAAACACAAAUAAGGAGGGUAAUUCAGCUCAUCACGUUAGUAGUCCAAUGCAUCUGGAAUAGAUAUGUCCGGAGAGCAAGGUAGGUAGAUAGCGGGCCGUAUCCCGAAUAAGCAGAAGGAGGGCAAAAAAUUAAGGAACCUCCAGCUCUUCGUAGUAGUGUAACAGUUAAAAUAUCACUUUUAUUGUAGCAAUUAAAAAGAUAAAGACAUCCAUGGAAUAGAAGUAAAAACAAAAAGUAACGCUGACGUGUUUCGAGCUAUUUACAGCUCUUAGUCGUGGCAGAUAUUAACGGGCAUAUGCCCCUUUUAUACUCACACAAAAUGCGACCCAACCACUCGGGAAUAAACACCGGAAACAAAGUGAUGUGUCCAGGCGCUGAUGUGAUACCAUUGUACUUCCCCAAUGGACAGGAUCACAACACACUCUUGUAUUAUCAUUGGACACACUAACUUUAGUGCAGCAAAAUACCGUGAAGGGACCAUUACUUGUGUGCAACAAAUAAUAAUCACCUUUUCUUAAGAGACUUAAAUACCACAUGUCCCUUAUAUGAAAAGCUGAGGGACUUUUACAUUAUUUGUUUUACUUUUGUAAUUACAUUAAAUUUUAUUUGUAGUUCAGACAAAAAUGUAAAUUUUGAAUUAUUGAUUUCUCUUUCCAGUGCAUUGUGGGAGCUCAGCAGUUAGGUCGCCAUGGACAGCAGACUAGAACUCAAAGGGUUGACUGGGAGUUAAAGAAAUGAUCUUACCAACUAAAAUCUGAUACAUUUCCUGUUGUGGCCAAGCACUGGCCUCAGUAGUGUAGCUUGCAGUCAUAUGGAUAUCCUCUGUGUAGGAAAGUAAAUAAAGACUGGCAGGGACCACCCUAGUGUCAGCUCUGGGUCUUCUGGACAAACCCUUAAACUGAUGUCCAGUCAUAAUGAAACCACAGAAUUAUAAAAGGAAAAAAGAUAAUGGAAUAACUUAAAUGAACACAAAAUAAUACUGCCAAGUUUUCACAAAGCUAUCUACCUUAACAUCUCCACAGUGACAUUCUGAUAAAAAGUGGAUGUCAUAGCGUAAAGUUUUGGGACUUCAUGGUACCCUGUGACCCUUUUAAAUAUAAUUUACAGUAGCUGCAUUUGCUUGGUUCUUCUCGAUGUGAACCAUAGUACUCUCAAGAGUACCUAAACAAACUGCUAUGUUCAAAUUGUGGCUGAAAAAAAGUGACAGGAUCACGUACAGAACACCAUAAUGGGAGUUUGCAUUGAUCUUGGUAGAAUUUAGCAGUCAUUUUUCAGCAAUUGAAGCCAUUUUCAGUCAUAAAUGUCCUCAAUAUGACUGAAGACAUAGUGACUGCAAUUUGCUUACUCAGUUUAGUUACAAGGUAACUAAAGAAAGUAGAAAUGGCAUAAAAACUGUAGUAGUCAUUCACCUUCUCUGCCCCACUACAGCAAGACUCACACUGAUCACCAAAAGGACUGGUGGCAUGGCACUACUAGUCAUAGCAAGUUUUGUGUUACCACCUUGUUUUGAUCAUAAGGAAGGAGCAAUGAGCCAAAGAUCAUUUCGCCAUGUUGCCAAUAUUUAAAUUGCACAUUAUCUGAUUACUGUUGGAUUAUCUGAUAUUUGUCCAAAGAAUAGUCUUUCCUUCACUGUGUUAAAUUAAAUAUGGAGAUUUAUCUUGACUUUAAAAGGUAUCUGUCACCAGUUAUAAUUAAUGUUGGUUUAUGAUGCUAUUUAGGGCCCCAUUGGUGAAAUUUUAAGACGUUGUAGUUAGCUGCAAAUAGUCUGAGGUUACCCUGUAUCUAAGUAAGUCAAAACACUGGAGCUUGUAAAUGUGUUCAAUAAUAGGUUUGAACAAUCACAUGUUAUUGUAGCUAAACCGUGUAUAUGAGGUCACAUGGCAGGACAGUCAAGUAUCAGUAAGUAGAGAAAGCUGCUAUGUAAUGUAUUUUUGUAGGGGUGGAAUCUUAUACCUUAGUAAAAUAGGAUUUUGUAACAGAUGUUCAUUAAAGAGGUACUCCGCCCCUAGACAUCUUAUCCCCUAUCCUUUGGACAGGGGAUAAGAUGUCUGAUUGUGGAGGUCCCGCCACUGGGCUGUGGCACCCCGCUGUCAUCACUGCGCAGAGCAAACUUGCUCUGUGCGUAAUGACGGGCGAUACAGGGGCCGUAACAUCGUGAUAUCACGGCUCCGCACCUCGUGAUGUCACGGCCCCCCCCGCUCAAUACAAGUCUAUGGGAGGGGGCGUGGAAGCAUAGACUUGCAUUAAGGAGGCGGGGCCGUGUCGUCACGAUGCUCCGGCCCCUGUAUCACCCGUCAUUACACACAGAGCGAGUUUGCUUCAUGCAGUGAUGACAGCGAGGUGCCGCAGCCGAGAUCGAGGGGGUCCCCAGCGGCAGGACCCCCGCGAUCAGACAUCCAUCCCCUAUCCUUUGGAUAGGGGAUAAGAUGUCUAGGAGCGGAGUACCCCUUUAAAUUAUCCAGGUCACAGUUUACAUUUUUGUUUUCAGUCUUCAUGCAAUGUGAACAGCAUGUGUUAUUAUGAGAUUAUUUAUUUACUCACUUUAUGUAUUGUAAUUGUAUAGUUGCACAUUAUUUUAUAUUGGACAUUUACUUUAAACUAAUAAAUUAUUUAAUACAUU